AUGGCUGCGGCAGCGCCCCGCCUUAAAGCAGCAGUUGUACUGCUGUUGGAGGAGCGCCGCAGGCAUGCGCUGGCAGCCGUGGGCACCUCAGAGCUCAGCAGGGCCGUGGCGGCCAAGGGGUCAGGCGAAGUCCUGUUUGAGAAGGGUCCCGUGCGCAUUGAGAAGCCGGACUUUCGUGGGUGCGAGUAUGUCAUUGUGAAGCACGUAACGGUUCUAGGCCCUCAAGACCAUCGCUGGCGCCAGGCCCUGAACGAGGUGCUGGUGGAGCCCAUGCUGGCGGGGCAUGACACCCUAUUACCAGCCAUCGCCUGGAGCCACACCAGCAGCGGCGUGGCACUCGCGUCCUUCCGCCCCGGCGACGACAGCGUGCGCACGUGCUUUUGCAAGCUGGAAGACGCCUGCGAGGCGGCGGGCCUCAACCCAGAGGAGACCAUGGCGGCGCGCGUACAGCAGGCCGGCGCCAUGGUGCCCAACAUGCUCAAGGCACUGUAUGACUUGCACGGCGCGGGCUUCAUCCACCGCGACGGCAAGGCGGACAACUGGGUGGUGGACGCGGCCAACCCCCUGCGCCCCCUGCUCAUCGACUUUGGCCUCGCGCAGCGCAUCAGCGACGGCCUGGGCGCCACAAACGGCUACACACCCACCCACGUGCCCCCAGAGCACGUGGCUGCGCUGGACGCGGCUGGCCUGCUGAAGUGGCGGCGCGAGCGGGAGCUCAAGCGCGGCGCGUCUGGGCAGCGCGGGGUGCUACCCCCGGGGGGAAUGCACGAGCUGCUGCACAAGGCGCUGGGCCCCGCCACUGACAUCUAUCUGCUGGGGGCGACGCUGUGGGAGGUGCUCUUCCCUGGCACCAUGCCAUACCUUGGGGACCUGUCGCGCCACACUGACGAGGCCUCCAUCAUGGACGCCAUCCUGGACGCGCCCGGCCUGCGCUUCCCGCCCGGCCCCCAGCCGCCAGAGGGCGUCAAGGCCUUCCUUACGUCCUGCCUGGCGCGCGACCCCGCCAAGCGCGCCACCAUACGGCAGCUAUGGCGCAACACGUGGAUCACUGAGUCCCUCGCCAGCGUCUGGGGGGUGACCAGAAAGCGCAAAGCUCCUCCUCCAACAGCACAGAUGGAGCCUGUGCAGCAGCAGCAGCGGCAGCUGCAGCAGCAGCAGCAGCCAGUUGCGGUAGAGGGCCGCAGCAGCGUGGCGUGCCAGACGACGCCGGAGGCUGCUGCGCCAAGGGCAGAGUGCGCCACAACCCAGACGCCCACAUGCGCAGCAUCAGCGACGGCGCAGACGCAGACGUCCCUGCCGCUCCUGCUGGAGUUGUCGGUGGAGCAGGCGGGCGGUGGGGCGCCGGCGAGCUUGCUGCUGGGCACGCCAGAGGCGCCGUGUGUCGGCUCAGCACUGGGCCCUGUGACCCGUGAGGCCAUGUGGCCUGAGGCGCCCAGGGACAUGCAGCAGGGUCCUGCCGAGGGGCGGGGGCUGGAGGGCCACCGGCAGCGGCAAGUGCCGCUGCUAUUGCAGGAGCAGGAGCAGCAGCAGCAGCAGGAGCAGCAGCAGCAGCAGCAGCAGGACUCCUGCUCGGAGCAGCAGGCGCAGCAGGCGCAGCAGGCGCAGCAGGCGCAGCAGGCGCAGCAGGAGCAGCAGGAGCAGCAGGAGCAGCAGGAGCAGCAGGAGCAGCAGGAGCAGCAGGAGCAGCAGGAGCAGCAGGAGGAGCAGCAAGAGUCGCGCACGAACCCCGCAGGGCAGCAGGAGUACUUUUUUAACCGUCCCGGGUGGAUCACAAAAAUCAACGCGUAUUACGACGGCAAGUGUGUCACUGGUGUCAAGCCGACCUAUGGCUACGAGUCCAGCGGCGCCCGCAUCCUGGGCCGGGAGGCCGCCUUUGGCAAGGACAUCGCCCUGUGGCCGGCCUCGGGCGAGUUUGUUGUCAAGGGGCAGGUCAAGGUCGGCAGCUGCAUCGAGUACCUGAAGUUCACCACCAACUCGGGCCGCAGCCUCGAGGUUGGAAACGCCGCCUCGUCGGCCGCCUCUAGGACUGUGGAGGCCCCGGCUGGGUCCCACCUGUUCGCCCUGUCUGGGACCUUUGGCGAGGCGUCACCCAAGGCGUCGCCCAAGCCCCAGCCGCCGGCACCCGAGGUGCCCGCCGUCAACUGCUUCCCCAUCGCGUGGUUUUAUGGCACCGCCCCUCUGGCCUGUGAGCUGACGUCAGCUGGCGCAGUGUCCGGCAAGGUGGUGGGCACUGGGCCGCUCACCAAGUUUCUGGCGUCGCACCUCGGCUUCGGCUGCAAGGACCUCGGGGCCUCGACCUGCGCCUCCGCCCACCCCCUGGCCACAUUGUUCGGCAAGAGCGGCCGCCGGCUGGCCGGCGCUGAUUUCAUCCUGCCCCAGUUCCCCAUCACUAGCGCCCCCGAGCCUUCCUCCACCGCCAGCACGGCCGCUGCCUUGGCUCCCGCGUCGGCAUCUGCGGCGACUGCUGACGCGACCGCGACUGCGGCGGCGGUGGCGGCCGCAGUGGCUGAGUGCAAGUGGGCGGUCUGCAAGCCGGAGCCCAAGAUCCCCCACAUCCCAACCCCCUUCGAGGUCAAGGCAGCCGUGACGAGCGCCGUCCUCAACGCAGUGUUCAACAAGGACAGCGCUUGA